AUGCACACAGCAUUCAUAUUAACAAAUGGAAAAGUAUUAGUUGUUCAUGAAGGAAAACAAGAUAGUCCUCCGGAUGGUACUGCUGAAUUGUAUGAUUCAUCAACUGGAAUUUGGAUAACUACUCACAGCAUCAAUAAUGCACUAUAUGGUCACAGAGUAUCCACAUUAAGAAAUGGACGUGUUAGUUAUACUAGUGAAGGAACUUUUAGUGAUAUUUUUAGUAGUGUCGAAUUGUAUGACCCAUUAAUAGAAACUUGGACAACUACUGGUAACAGACCCAUGCAUGAUAUGAUUACGCAAUGA